AUGCCUACCUCAACUGACCAAAAUCCUGAAGUUCAAAGACAAGUGGAAGGUGUCAUUGAAAACAAUAAAAAUGAUAUCGUUGACAAUGUAAAUAGUUCAAAUAAUAUCGUUAAUAAUGAUCCGGAUGUUACCGCUACUUCCGUUACAGAUACAAUAACGAAUUCCGGAUCAUCAUCUCCAUUAUUUAAUGAAAUGAUGUCGUCUUCAACUAAUACUUCUACUACUCCUUCUUUAUUAUCAUCAUCAUCAAUUGACAAUAACAACAAUACUGAAAAUCCUUCUUCUGUUUCACAAAAAAGUUCCCACCCUAAAGCAAUUAAACCGGCUGUAGCAGUAUUAAGAAGGAAAACAAGAAAUUCCACUAAAACUAUUGUUAACAAUGAUAGCAAAGAUACAUCGAUUCCUGCUGCUUCUUCGACCAAUACAAAUGUUAUCCCUUCAACAAUUGGUAAUGCUGGUAAUAAUACACUUAAUACUGAUGUAACUCAAGAAAAUAUCGCGGAUCGAUAUUUAGAAUUUAUUUUAUAUUGUAAUCCUUCGGCUCCUUCUGAUUUAGAUGUUUCUUCAUUGAUCCGUUCAUUUAACGCGGUACCAAAAUCGGAUGGUAAAACUUUUGAAACUUGGGUACUCUUUCAAUUGGUUUCGAAACAUAAUUCCGGAGAAAUAAAAACUUGGACGAAAUUGGCUCAACAAUUGGGUGUCGAACGAACUAACGAAUCAAGUCCUCAAAAAAUUCAACAAUAUGCCGUAAGACUAAAGAAAUGGAUGCGUUCAAUUCAUAUAGAUGCAUUUUUUGAUUUUAUCUUAUCAAAACCAAAUGAAUAUUACGAUGAACCUCAUAAAAAUCCUACAGGUCUGGAACCUUCAAAUGGAGCUGAUGAUUCGGAUGAAACUGAUUUGGUAUUAAAAUUAAUUAAACGUGCCAGUAGUAAACAAGGAAGUGACGAUGAUCUUCUUGAUGAAGAUGAAAGAGAUGCUUGGGACGAUUCAGCUGAUUUGAUGCAAAUCGAUGAUGUAUCAACAACAGCGAGAAAUACUCCAACCACUCCCACAAAAAAUUCUGGUUCAUUACGUAGGAAAAGUGUUGUUCAGUUUGCCUCUGCACGAGAAAAUAUACCGAAAAUUGGUAAACCAAAAAAUAACAACAUUUCACAUCACAUUCCAACUCCUAACCCUUCCCCAACCACAAUGCCCGACAUGAAACUUCAUCAUCAUACUACCACCGGAAUGAGUGAUACUGGACAUUUUCGUGUAAUUUCUAAUCAAAGAGGAGGUCCUAGUUCAGUACCAGCAAGUGAUUUAACUAAUAUAAAUAUGAAUAAUAAGGAUGCCGAUAACUUUUCUUUUUCGGAAUUACUUUUACCACCUACUAAAGUACCAAGUGAUCCCAAUGACACGAUUAAAAUACUUCAACAACGAUUAGUUAAAGCGGUGGGAAUGUUGGAAGAUUCUCAACGUAAAAUUGAUAUGUAUGAGAAUGUAGUACGUCAAAGAGAGGAAGAAAUUCGAAAACGAGUGGCGAGAGGUUUUAAAGAUGAAAUCAUUUCGUGA